AUGUUCUUGGCUGUCUUUUGUGCAAUUGCUUUUUUCAAUUUGGCAAAUGCCGACGACGGAGUGCACCCUGUGAUCAACAAGUUUCAGUACGACAAGAUUAAGCCGUUCCCUGUUGCGAAACGUGAUUGCCGCAUCAAUGAGAUCGCUUUAGAUUUCCAACCUAUGCUUCGUAUUGAGAGCGGCUGUCAUCCAUACCCUGCCGUGGACAAAAAUGGCUACGUCAGUGAUGGCCUUGGGGUUUCGCAUUGGUUUACUGACUGCUCAGGUUCGCCAGAAGGUUCUCAAGUUUAUGGUCGUGCUUAUGUGUUCAAGGGGUAUUUGGCUAUAAUGUAUGCAUGGUACUUCCCAAGAGAUUUCAUGGUCACACCAUUCUAUGUCGGUCAUCGUCAUGGAUGGGAGCAUGCUAUUCUGUGGAUCGGAGGUUCAACAGAAGACCCAGUAUUCCUCGCGGCAACAGUCGAAUCCACAUUUGGCUACAAAAAGUACUCCCCCGUUCCAACCAAGUAUGUGAAGAGCGAUCAUUUCAAGCUCGAAUACACCUGGCUAGGUGUUACUCAUCACUAUUUGACUGCUACAAAGAAUAUGGGAGAGUUCCAGGACUUGGUAAUGUGGAACAACUUGACGGAUGAGGCUCGUGUCUCGUUAAAUGAAAAGAUCUCUCUCAACUUCAAUUCACCCCUCAGCGACAAGAGAUUUUUCACGGCCCUUCGUAAAUCGUAUCCGUUCUAA